AUAUUGACCCGAAAAUUUACGAAGAGACCCCCAGAAAACAUUAUUUAGAUUGAAUUUUCUCUUUGAACAAACACAUGAAUAGGUUUUUAGUCUAUCAAUUGAUAAGAGUCGGAGUGCAAUGGUAUGUGCGAUGUGACUCAUUUUUCUUCGAUUUUUUGUACAAUAAGAAACAAUUUUUCAGAAAAAUUUAAUGAAAAUGAAUAAGUCUAAAGAUCGAACACCUACAGUAUCCACGAUUGAGAGCUAUGGAACAGAUAUGCCGCAUGAGCAUUAUCGUUACUAUAGAGAAAAAAAUAUAUGUGGCAUUUCUGGACCAAUAUGCUUUUGUUCAACUCUGAUCUUAGUGGGAUUUUUGAUUUUGCUAGGAAUUUUGGCGAUAGUUAUAUUUUUCAUACUUCAUCAUACGUUAUGAAACGAGUGGUCAGCUUCUCACUAUCAACGACAAAAUUAUAUUUCUUACUAUUCUAAACCCUAAAAAUGGAUUUUCAACGUUUAUACAUGAAUGAAAACAUAUUUUACGCCUAUUGUUUGAUUGGAAUGAAUUCUAAAUUGAU